AUAUUUUUACUCAUUCACAGCAAGCUCAACAUUAGUUUACAUUUCAUGUUCAUAAAAUUUACAUUUUCACAAGAAAAAUACGGAUUAUGAAAUUGUACAUUUUAUUUGUAAAUUGAUUGUGUUUGUGUAGAAAUUAUGGAUGGUUUUCAAAACGAUUGGCGCGUUUUCAAUCCAGUUGUGGAUCACAAAUGUUCAAAUUUCGUGUUCCAGAAUCACAACCCGGAGCAGUAUACUAACAAUUUUAACGAAGAAUUGAGGCGGAAAAGACCGGAGAAUCUUACGCCCAACCAUGUGUUGCUGUUCACAAUCGUCAACCCCCUCUACCCCAUCACAGUGCACGUCCUGCACACGAUCUGCUCGCCCAUCGGUCAAGUCCAGAGGAUCGUCAUCUUCAAGAAGAACGGCGUCCAGGCGAUGGUUGAGUUCGACAGCGUGGAGACGGCGAAGCGAGCCAAGGAGAACCUGAACGGCGCAGACAUCUACUCCGGCUGCUGCACGCUCAAGAUUGAGUUCGCCAAGCCUACCAAACUGAACGUUCACAAGAAUGACUCGGAAAGCUGGGACUACACCAGUCCUCCUGCCGGUAAAGCCCAGGACUCAGCCAACAGACCUGCACCUCUCCUGGCAGAUCCGAGGUUCAGUGCUGGACCUCAACCCUACCAUGGCGGCCGUCCGAACAAUAACAUUAAAGGUCAAAAGCCUCCAUUUAGCAACUCAUUUGGAGGUGACAGACUGAGGGGUGGCGGCCAUGGCGGUUACAUGGACCAGUAUGACGACAACUACAACAGUGAGCCCGGCUACGACCACUACAAUGAUCGCUUCCCUCCGCCUCCUAUGGAGGGAGGAUUUGUAAAUGGGAACAGACGUUACAUGGGACCAGGUGGACGAGGGGACCCCAUGCACCCUGGACCUCCCACCCCCCGGGGUCCUGGCUACGGCCUGUUGACCCCCACAGGACCCCCAAACGGAACACAGACCGGGGGUGGCUGUGUGAUGAUGGUCUAUGGUCUGGACAAGGACAAAGUCAAUCCUGACAAACUGUUCAACAUAUUCUGUCUGUAUGGCAACGUUAUUAAGAUAAAGUUUCUGAAGACAAAAGAAGGGUGUGCCAUGAUUCAGAUGGGUGACACAAUAUCAGUGGAGCGCUGCAUUUCAAACUUGAAUAACACAUCAGUCGGUGAUAUGCAGAUUCAGUUAGGGUUCUCAAAGCAAGCUUUCCUCAGUGAUGUCGCGCAACCGUACAACUUGCCAGACAACAGUCUCUCGUUUAAAGACUUCAUGGGCAGCAAGAAUAACCGAUUCAUCAAUCCUACAAUGGCAAGCAAAAACAGAAUACAGGGACCCUCAAAGGUGUUGCAUUUCUUCAACACACCCCCCAACAUCACAGAAGAGACACUCAAAGACUUGUUUGAGGAAAAGUGUGACCUCAGACCAAAUGUUCAGCUGUUUCCUAUGAAAGGUGAUCGUAGUUCCUCAGGCUUGUUAGAGUUCGACAGUGUGGAGAAUGCGCUGCGUGCACUAAUGUUGUGCAACCACGCUCCAGUCAAGAAUCCCUCUGGAAAAUUCCCAUACGUGAUGAAGUUAUGUUUCUCAUCGAACCGUUUCCCAGUGAACCUCAACUACCAAAUGAAAUCUGACGCUGGGGACAAGAUCGAGUAGGCUCUCUCCAUGGUGGCAGUUUCUCUCUCCGUACACGUCAAUUAUUAAUGAUAAGCCCAUCUCUACUGUAGUCUAUCGUAUUGUUUUAUUUAUUUUUUUAAAUUGACCCAUUGUAUUAACUCUAUGUUUUAAAUAUUUAUUAAAAAACACUAUCAUUUGCAAUGAUGGUAAUACAUAUUUAAAGUUGAAUUUCUUUUUAUAUUGUUUAGGAAUGUGGAUGUUACCUAAUUUAUUUGCUGUCAACCUAAUAACAAAAAAAAAAAAAACAUAAUCAGAGCACAGAGAAACUGCCACUGCGAUCUGUACAACGGAUGAUAAAUUCCAUGUAUGUUAGAUUUAGACUAGAAUUUUAUUGUUUUUACUGUCUUUUUUUGUAGAUUGUAAGUUAUUUGACACAAAUUCUACAAAUAAAUAUACCUAAAACGAAGAGAUUUCUGCCAUGAUUUGAAUAAUUUAAAUCAUUGAAUUGUAGAUUAUUAAUUUGUUUAUGAAAUAAAAUUGAAUUGUCUAUUUAAAGUCAAGGUAUUCAGUUAUAAGGAAUCUCUUGUAAUUUAUUUUAUUACUAUCGAAGUUCUCUGAUUUUAUUGUUUAAGAGUCAGUUUUCAUUUCUUUGAAUAUUAGUUUCUUUUAUUUUCUUUACUUAUACGACUAUUCCAUUAAAGAAGCUGUUACGUUAUGGCAACGUAAUACAUAUCAGUGUAGCGCUUAAAACAUCACCCGUUUCACUCGCCCCAUCCCAGCUGAUUCCUAACAUAAACAUUAAGAUUUAAAAGACAGUAAUUUAUAGGAAAUAAUUUCUAACAUUAACUUCCUUCUUAUUAUUUAAAUUUAAUUUUUCCAAAUAAUAUAACUAUUAUAGUUUAUAUUGAUUAAAAAUCUCUAGUAUGUAGUAGUGACUUUGUAAAGAUGAGAAACAACUGAAGUACAAGACCGAUAGAUGGAACCAGAACUCUGACAACAAACUUUGGCAUACAACACCAAUCGAGUGAUACUGUACCACCACUUACCUUGUUUCUAUAGUUGUAUGACAACACCUCCGGUACAGUAUUAUUAAACAAUUCAUUAUUGUAAAAAGUUAUUAUACAAUUUCGAUGUUUGAUUAUUUUGAGUUUUGUUGUUGACGAAGGUGGACUGUCAUGUUAGUGUUACGAUUAAGAAUGCUCCUUAGUUGUAUGUUUGAUGUUAGCCGAUCUCAGCACGGGUUGGCCAAUGAGUGUUUGUAUGAAUGACAGAAAUAGAGUUAUUGAUUUGACUUUA